CGCCCAAGGAGCGAAUAGUGUAUUGGUGCCGUCCGUGACUUCAAAACCAUCCACCAAACGUGGAUACUUAAAUGCUCACGCUGGCGAUGUCAGAACUGGGAAACACAGCCCGUGCGUCAUAUGUCAUGGAAAGUGUAGUACGACGGAGAAUUGCAGCAAAUUUAGGGCUGCGGAUAGAGCGGAGUGGUGGAACUUAGUGCGUCUAAGUAAUUUGUGCCGUCGCUGCUUAAAGGUACACCCUCGUCUUCAAUGCCCCUCUGACGUCGUAUGCGGGAUAGAUGGUUGCGUUUCCAUACACCAUCCCUUACUUCACAAACAGCGGAACAAUCCAGUUAGCUCACCACUGGCUAACUCCACGCUAAACACUCAUAGCUGCGACAUGGAAUCAGUUUUAUUUCGGGUGCUACCGGUAACGCUUCACGGUAAGAACAUAAAGAUUAAAACAUACGCGUUUUUCGAUGACGGUUCGUCACUUACGUUGAUGGACGCCGAACUACAAAAGCAAUUGAGACUUUCGGGCACAGCACAGCCUUUGUGCCUGAAGUGGACAGCGAACACCCACCGUUAUGAAGACGACUCCCAGGUGCUCGAGUUGAAUAUAUCUGGGUUCAACGACAAAAGACGUUUCACGUUAACGAACGUGCAUACAGUAAAAAGACUUGAGCUUCCAAUGCAGUCUAUCGAUGCCAGUAAGCUUCAAACCAAGUACGCACACCUGCGAGGCCUUCCGUUGUCCUCCUACGUCGACGCCGUGCCGAAGCUAUUAAUAGGUCUGAACAACAGUCGCCUGGGCCUAAGUCUUCGAUCACGCGAAGGGUCUGACAAUGAACCGGUAGCAGAAAAGACACGCCUGGGGUGGACAUUAAAGGGUGUCCUGGCAGCGCAACGACGAAAUUCCGGCUACCAUGCAUUUCACGUUUGCGACUGUGAUACCGCAGCAAACGCCGAGUUACUACAAACCAUUAAGGAGUACGUUCUUUUGGAUAAUCUGGAAGUCGUUGGAAAGGCUGGCGAUCUGAUAUCCAAGGAAGACAAUCACGCGGUUGAGCAGCUCAAGUCUACUACCCGGCGUGUUGAUGGUCGCUUCGAAACCGGAUUAAUCUGGAAAUAUGCUAACCACACGCUUCCCGACAGCCUACCGUUAGCCUUGCGGAGAGCGCAGUGUCUCCAGAGAAAGCUUACGCGUGACCCAGAACUCGCCGAGAUUCUGUCAUCCAAAAUCGCAAAUUAUGUGGCUAAAGGAUAUGCUAAGGAACUGCCAGCCGAUUCGCUGUUAGAAAAGGGGUGUUGGUACCUGCCCAUAUUCCCCGUACGUAAUCCGAACAAGCCACAAAAGCUUCGCAUCGUCUGGGACGCUGCCGCCAAAACCAGGGGGGUAUCUCUAAAUUCGAUGCUCUUGAAAGGACCGGACCAAUUGACCUGUCUACUAUCUGUUCUAAGAAGAUUCCGACAACGAGCAAUAGCCUUGAGUGGAGACAUAGAAGAAAUGUUCCACCAAGUCCGCAUCAGACGUGAGGAUCAAAACUAUCAGCGUUUUGUGUGGUUUGCACCCGGCGCCACUGAACCGUCAGUUUUCACGAUGACAGUCAUGACUUUCGGGGCCACCUGCUCACCUAGCAGUGCUCAGUACAUAAAAAAUCUGAAUGCAGAGGAGUUCCGGAACCGCUUUCCGAGAGCCGUCGAGUGUAUCGUCGACAACCAUUAUGUUGAUGAUAUGCUUGAUAGCGUGGACACAGUAGGUGAGGCUGUCAAGCUUGCCAGAGAUGUCAAGUUCAUUCAUGGGGAAGGUGGUUUCCAUAUCAGAAACUGGCGGUCGAACUCCGAGUCGGUCCUGCAAGCACUGCACGUUGGUGCCAGUAAACCCGAAAUGAGCUUGAGUCCUGAUCCAGAGAUACCAGCUGAGAAGGUUCUGGGCCUUUGGUGGCUCACCAGAGAGGAUUGUUUUACAUUUCGUGUGUCUCCGCAUCACAAGCAUGGGGAUCUUCUGCGCAAUCACCGUUGCCCUACCAAGAGAGAAGUAUUGAGUAUUAUCAUGAGUAUAUUCGACCCUUUAGGGCUACUUAGUUUUUACAUCGUAUACGCCAAGAUAUUAUUCCAGAAGAUUUGGCGCUCAGGUUGUGGCUGGGACGACAACAUUCGCGAUGACUAUUACUCCGACUGGCAGAGAUGGGUUCGCCUACUUCCUGAGGUGGAGACCGUAAGGAUACCACGAUGCUAUUUCACAGAUCUGAGCCACGAGUCCGAGCUGGAAAUGCACGUCUUUGUUGACGCCAGCGAAAAUGCCUACGCGGCCACAUGCUACCUACGUCACUCCAUUGGAAGUGUCAUCAAUUGCAGGCUGGUAGGAAGUAAAGCGAAAGUAGCACCGUUGAAGAUGCUCUCGGUUCCACGGCUCGAGCUGCAGGCUGCUGUCCUAGGAGCUAGACUGGCUGCAGGGGCACGCUCUUCGCAUACGCUAAACAUUCGACGACAAACGUAUUGGACCGACUCCCGCACUGUGCUGGCGUGGAUUCGCGCUGACCACCGUCGCUACUCACCAUUCGUGGCAUUUAGGGUGAGCGAAAUCUUGGAACUAACGGAGAUGUCAGACUGGAGAUGGGUUCCUUCAGCGGAAAACGUUGCCGACGACGCCACAAAGUGGCAAACCACGCCUAACAUGUCGAGUCAAAACCGAUGGUUUAAUGGACCACAGUUCCUAGUUCUUGACCCUAAAUUCUGGCCUGUCGACGCUGAAGGCCUCGAACCCACUAGAGAGGAGCUGAGGGCCAAUUUCGUAGGUUAUCAUGGUACGGAGCAGCAAGAGCGAAAGACCUUGGUAGCGCAUGAACGCUUUUCGCGGUGGACUCGUCUCCUGCGAACAAUUGCGACUGUUGUACUGAGUCUCCGCAGGCGGAAGAUGUACAGCAAAGGUAUACGAACACCCUGUCACCGGGUGGAACAAGAAGACCUCAAUAGUGCCGAAAAGAUACUUUGGAGAGAAGCCCAAUACGAGGCAUUCGCUGACGAAAUCGCUCUGCUUGUGAACGGGAAACCACUAAACCGAUCAAGUUCUAUCUACAAGCUUUCACCAUACCUGGAUGAGGGAUCAUUGCUACGGCUCGGUGGCAGAUUCAAUUUGCCCGGAUGUCAGGACCAAGUUAUAUUGCCACGAUGCCACAACAUAACUCGACUGCUGGUUUUAGACUACCAUAUCAGAUAUUGCCACGGGAACUCGGAGACCGUUGUGAACGAGAUACGCCAGAAGUUCUGGAUUUCCCGACUACGCGCCGUGGUCAAAAAGAUUCGCCAGGAGUGCCAGAUCUGUCGACUCAAAAACGCGUCCCCACGACCACCAAAGAUGGGCAACCUACCCGCGGCCCGAGUUACUCCCUUUGUCCGGCCGUUUUCAUACGUGGGUGUCGACUACUUUGGACCAUUGUUGGUGUCCGUACGCAGGAGCACGGAGAAGAGGUACGGCGUGCUCUUUACUUGCCUGACAACGAGAGCGGUUCACUUGGAGAUAGCGUACUCAUUAUCUGCCGAUUCGUGUAUCCUGGCCAUUCGGAGUUUUAUGGCCAGACGCGGCGUCCCACGUGAAUUUUGGAGUGAUAACGCCACCAAUUUCAAGGCCACACAGCGGGAACUCAGUGCUUCCUUUAACGAAAUGGACAAGGACAAGCUUGUACGCGCCUUUACGAGCUCUUCCAUGAAGUGGAUGUUCAUACCACCAGCAUCGCCACACAUGGGUGGUGCCUGGGAAAGGCUAGUUAGGUCGGUAAAAGACGUCCUUUCGAAGAUACUACAAUCGCAACGACCGUCUGACGAGCUAUUGCGAGGAGCCUUAAUGGAAGUCGAAUCCAUCGUCAACUCCCGACCACUCACCUACAUACCGCUGGAUCACUAUGAAGACGAGGCUCUCACACCAAAUCACUUCUUGAUUGGCAGCUCCAGCGGAAUGAAGCCCUUGAUAGAGUUUGUUGAUGAAGCAGUUCAAUUGCGAAGAGGUUGGAGAUGUGCUCAGCAACUGGCGGAUGCAUUCUGGAGACGUUGGGUGCGCGAAUAUCUACCCGUAAUAACUCGGCGAACAAAGUGGUUCGAAAAGGUAAAGCCAAUUGAAGAAGGGGACGUCGUCUACCUAGUGGACCCGAACGGUCCGAGAAGCUGCUGGCCCAAAGGUCGAGUGAUCUCUGUUAGAGUAGGCUCUGACCAACAGGUGAGGAGCGCUUUGGUGAAGACUAGCGCUGGUAUAUACGAGCGACCGGCCACGAGACUUGCCGUACUUUCCGUGAGUAUACCGGAGAAUGGGGUAGAUCCGAAGGAUAUACCAGGGGGGAGUGUUAGAAAAGAUACGGCAACACCCUAGUGAAUCGAAAGGAAUUUAUGGGGGACGUUUCUGCGAUUGUUUUGACAUUCUGCCUUUUUGAUCUCUUUUUUGCACGUGUGCACACAUAAAUUGAAAAUUUAAAUCAGGAUUGAUCCCUUUUUGUACUAAAAUAUUUCAAACGACAGUCAAAUAAAAGCGUUUUGAGAAUUUGGGCGUGGGAUCCAUCACUGAAUCCGUAACAGCACUUGUCAUAAGGGUUUCCCUUAUUCUAUGUAUAUAUUUGUCAUAUAGUCUGUAAGCGUCCUGUUUGUUGAUAAUAAUAAUAAUAAAUAAAUAAUAAAAUAGGUCUCCGUAUUUACUCUGCGUGGUGCUGUGUAUGUUAGAGUUAUCAAAGGUUAUCCUGCUAUAAAAAUUGACAAGCAAAAUGAUUUGCAAAAAUUCUUUUGACACGUUAUAUUCACUCUCUUUAAUGCUUUGCUCGUGUACUCUUAGUUUAAGUAUGUAUAUGUUUUCUUUAACUUCCUUUGUAAAGAUGGGUCAUCUUUUAAUUAUUUACUUGGUAUUAGAAUGCGUUUAUUUUUCCUUUUGUUUUGUAGUUGCUCCUGUUUGUAUGCUUUAUGGUAGCUUCUAAAGGCAAACUCAAUAGCAUUGGUGACAACAGCCUAGCUAUGUUAAAUAUUUUAUGUAAGCAACAGAACGGGCGUAACAUUGUCCAUUUCAAUGCCCGAAGUUUAAAUAAUAUGAAAAUGGACUAUGUUAGAUAUGUGUUUGAGUCCUCCGCAGUUGAUGAAAUAUGUGUAUCUGAAACCUGGUUCUCCA